AUGGGUACGGAACUCCGUUUUAGUACUGCAUUUCACCCUCAAACAGAUGGGCAGUCGGAGUGCACUAUCCAGACAUUGGAGGAUCUAUUGAGAUCUUGUGUUAUGGACUUCGGUGGUAGCUGGGAGGAUCAUUUGCACUUGGUGGAGUUUGCAUAUAACAACGGUUACCACUCAACGAUUCAGAUGGCACCAUUCGAGGCAUUGUAUGGCAGAGCAUGUAGAUCUCCUACUUUGUGGGACAAAGUCGGAGAAUCGUCAAUCUUGGGCUCACAGCAUAUUCAGAGAGAUGCAGAGUUGAUACUUGAGAGGAUUGGUGAGGUAGCUUAUCAAUUAGCGCUGCCACCAUCACUUGCCGGGGUGCAUGAUGUAUUUAACGUAUCUAUGUUGAGGAAGUACGUGCCACACCCUACGCAUAUUUUGACAGAUGUAUCGAUCACCCUUCAGCCAGAUGUAACAUAUGAGGAGGUUCCAGUACGGAUAUUGGAUCGCAAGGAACGCCAGUUGUGGAAUAAGACCAGCCGAUUGGUCAAGGUUGGAUGGGAGCAUCAUUCAGAUGAUGAGGUGACCUGGGAGCUGGAGGAUGAGAUCCGAGCGCAGUACCCACAUUUGUUUAAUGAAGAGGUCGCGACGGUGAACUUUUCUCCGGAGGGCAGCAUCGCGCGAGAAGUCUACGGCCAAGAGGAACAGAUCGGAGUUCCGGCGACACUAGGGAGUGAAUCGCCGGACCCUAAACUCGAUCACAGCUGA